UGCCCCAACCGCGCAGGCGCCCCGCGCGGUCGCCGUGGCAACGGGACGCGGAGUGUGGAGGAAGCGGCGGCGGGUCCGGCCCGGCCAUGUCGCGAAUCCUCUGCGAAUGGCUGAACGAAGAGGUGAAGCUCUCCCGGCGCGUCGUUCCAGGAUCAUUUCCAGAAGAAUUUUCUAACGGCUACCUCCUAGGAGAACUUCUACACAAAUAUGGUCUUCAGGAUGACUUUAAACAAUUUUCACAGAGCAGGGUUGCAGAUGCAAAAGUUAACAAUUUUUCUCGCCUGGAACCUACACUUCACCUCCUUGGUGUGCCGUUUAAUGAGAAUGUGGCCCAAGACAUCAUGACAGGACAGCAUGGGGCUGCAACAAAGCUUUUAUAUGAAUUGUAUAUUGCUUUAGAAAAAAAGAGAAAGGCAAAGCACCCUGGAGUAGUCAUGGAAGCAAUAAGACCCGCCGCAACUACAAAUCUUAAGUCUAUUGAGAGUGUUUUGUAUCCAGAGCGUUUGAAAACUUUAGUGUCACAUCAGGCUGAUUUGCAGCUACAGCAGAUUUCGGAGCGUUUUGAAACAAAAUCCAAGGCAGUAGCAGAUAAAAUAGCUCGUACACAUUUUGCAGAGCAGCAGAGAGCUCAGAAGCUCCAAGAACAGCAAAGAGCUCAAGACAUUGAAGAGGAUCACAUUGGAAGAAGGAGACAAAGUGAAGUAGCGCACAGGAUUCAAACAGCUGGUUUAAAGGUUCCAAAGCCUCCACCAAGACCCAUCAUAAAAGCUAUUGAAACUAAAAAAUUGUUAAAGAAAAGAGAAGCAGAGAACGUAUACAAGGAAAUAGACAAGUUUGAGAAGUCUAUGACAGGAAAUGCCUUUGAAUUACACAGCCUGGUGACUGACAGUGAUAUACAAGAAUCAUUGCAAACACAGAAAUUGCAAGAAACAACUCAAGAAACUACUCAAGAAACUACAGCACAGACAAAAACUGAACUGUUAAAUGUUUAUUCAGAUGGUGAAUAUAUCAGGAAAAUUCAAAAACGUUUAGAGGAAGAUACAUUUGCUAGAGAACAACGAGCAAAGAGACGACGAAAAAUGCUAAUGGACCAGUUACUAGCACAUGAAUCUGAAGAGAAGGCUUACCGGGAGGAGCAGCUUGUUUACAGACUAAUGAAACAAUCUCAGCACGAGCGGAGGAUUGCUGCUCAACUCAUGCAUGUUCGACAUGAAAAAGAGGUGUUAAGGCAAAACAGAAUUUUUAGGGAAAAACAAUAUGAAGAAAGGCGGCAAAAAGAGUUCCAGGAAGCUCUUGACAGGGAAGCGGCUCUUGCAAAACAAGAAAACAUUGAUAAUGAAGAACAAAUAAUGAAAGAGAGAGAACAACAUGAGAAAAUUGCUGCUGAAAGAGCUCAGGCCCGCUAUAAAAAACAUUAUUCUAUGUGUUGGGAAGUGAUGGGCCAAAUCGUUGAUAUGUCGACAAAAGUAGGAGAAUAUCGCUACAUGACAAAGAACCGAGUUCCAUUAAAACUGAUGCUGGACUGGAAGGAAUUUUUUUUAAAUGGAAAACCAAUAUAUGAACAAGCCUCAAUUCAAUCUUUGCCAAAUGAACCUGGCCCAGAACAACUUGCAGAGAUGAGUAAAAUGAGUCUAUUAGAUGAAAAAGAUUAUGGUGAAUACAAGAGUAUGACAGGGGAAUGGAGUCCAACUGAAGAGAACAGUGAAAACAAACCUCAUCUUAAUAAUAACAUAUUGGGUCAUGUGCUUCGUAGACUGAUGGAGUUGUUCUAUCCUCCACAACCCAAACCUUCACCACGUGUACUUACUUCAUUUCCUGUCAAGGGAUGUAUUUUGGGAAAAAUUUUUAGUGGAAAAACUACCUGUGCAAAGUUUAUUGAAAAAGUUUGCAAUAUUCAGGUACUAUCUGUCGAUACUCUGGUUUGGGAAGCCAUCGAGUCUUUUCUUAAAAAUGAAAUGAAAAGUGAACAUGAUAUGAUUCCACAUGAAAAGAGUUCUGGGGAACAAAAUAAGCUGUCUGUACGUGCCCAGCUUGGCGCCGCAUCGCAGAAAUGGUUGAAGAAAGGAAAAAGUAUUCCUGAUGAACUACUAAUUGACCUCUUGUUGGAAGCCAUUAACCAAAUACCACCAGAGAAGGGGUGGAUUGUGGAAGGGUUUCCAAUGACUAUUAAUCAGGCAAAGCUAUUUGACAAAGCCUAUACAGGGAAUGAUCCAGAGGAAAAAGAUGCAAUUCCUGGAAGGCUCUCACUUGCUAUCGAUCCCAGAGCCCCUAACGAGCCUCCUGUUACCUCGCCUGCAUUUGAUGUUUCUGUAUUAUUGGAUAUUUCAGACACUGUGGUACUGAAACGUGCAGCUAACAUGAAGUUAGAUAAAUCAAAGUCAUCUCAAACUGAACAGGAGAACAGUGAUCAAAAUUCAGAUCCUGAAAUCCUAGAAGAGAGGAUUGACUUGGACAAGGACCAGGUCGUACAUAGAAUUUCAGGCUUUCUAGACACAUGGCCAAAAUUGGAGAAAUGGUUUUCAGUCCAUCAAAAUAUUCUAGUGAGUGUAAAUGCAGAGACAGAAGAAAGUCAUGUGUGUGAAACAGUGAAGGAAAUUAUAAUGGAAGAAAUUGCGAAAAACCAGAAUAGAAGGUCUACUCAAGAAAUAGCACCAGCAGAAGAAAAGCCUUUACCAGAUACAGAAGAAAAGCCUUUACCAGAUACAGAAGAAAAGCCUUUACCAGAUACAGAAGAAAAGCCUUUACCAGACACAGAAGAAAAGCCUUUACCAGUUACAGAAGAAAAGCCUUUACCAGUUACAGAAGAAAAGCCUUUACCAGUUACAGAUGAUCUGCUUCCUCCCUCUCCUGAGACACCACCACCACCAAUAGAACCAGGAUCAGAUGAAUGGAUUUAUGUAGAUGAACCACUUCCCCAGGAGAUAAUUGAUUUUUUAGUACCUUACUGGGAAAUGAUAGAAAAUACAUAUAUAAAUACCAUCAAAACUGUACUUAGAUGCCUAAGGGAUGAACAAUACGCGAUGAUUCAUUACAUAGCAGAUAUUAGAGAAAAUUUCCAAGAUUAUUUGAAACGUCCACAUCUUAAGCAGGAGUUUGUAUCUCAGUGGCAAACAGAUUUUAAUUCAAUUUCUGAUGACUUGCGAGAUGAUGAGGAAACAAAAGCUGAACUACACCAAAGAGUUACUGACCUAAGAGAUCUUCUCUGGGAUAUCUGUGACAGCAGAAGGGAAGAAGCAGAGCAGGAACGCGUUGAUAUCAUGAAUAAAGGCUGGCUGCCAGAUCACAGGGGAAUUGCAAUGAACCAUUUCUUUUCACUUAUGCAGGUUGAAAUGGAUCGUUUCCAAGAUACAAAGAGAAUUCUUCAUGACUACUAUAGGUCAAUGGAAGGAAAAAUCCCAACAGAAGACAGUAAAGAUUUUACUAGAAUCCCACUGUUAGAUAUUUUUGAUGUAAAGCAGAAGGAAGAUGUAGAUAAGGAAGAUGUAGAUAAGAAAGAUGUAGAGCAGAAGGAAGCUGUAGAGCAGAAGGAAGAUGAAGACAAAUCAAAAAGGAUUCCUCUGGUUUCUUGGAAUCUGUUUUCACCAGAAAUUAAUGCUGAGACAGAAAACAAGAGAACUCUGCAGGCAAGUCCUAACGUUGAGAAUUCUGAAAAUAGACUGGCUACUUGCAGGAAUGAUGAAAGGCUUAUUAUUUAUACAUGGCAAAAAGCAGUAACAGCAGUAUCAAGUAUGGUAACAGCUGAAAUAGAGCUUAGAGAAAUGGAGGAAGAAGAACAUCAGCAGCAAAAACCGAAAGAAGAUCCGAAACGCUCAGGCAAAGCUGCUGGGAAAGAUGUCAGAAAGCCUUCUACCAAAUCACUUACUAAGAAGAAAGGAUCACAGAAGAAAGUCAGUGUAAUUCCUUUAGACCCAGAAGAAUUAAAGAAACAAGAACUGGCACUUAAAAUAAAACAAGAACAUCUGAGUGCCUUGAAACAUGAGGAGGCAGCCACAAAAUCUCGACUAGAACUUAUAAAAGAAAAAGCUUUAGCAUUUCUUGAAGACCUAAAAAUGAAAGCAGAAGAGGCUUACAGAGAUAUGGAAAAGUGGCUUGGAUCCACCUUCCUGGCAGAAAUGGCCAGUGUUGAAAAGCUGGUUGAGGCUGCACGAUAUCAUGUUGAGAGUUCUAGCAAAAUCCAAUAUGAAAUGACUUUAGAAGACACAGAUUUCUUCAUCAAUGGCGAUGUAAAAAUGUUUCCUGACCCUGUUCCUGACCCUGUUCCUGUACCACAAGUUCCACGCAUAAAAACUUCUAGAAGUACUCUAACUAUUUCACAACUCACUAAUCUUCAUAAGCAGUUUCUACAGGUGGCACCUAAAGCCAUAAAAUGUGCACAGCUGUGCUUUUUCAAAAGGACAAGACUUUCGACUGGAAAGAGAAAAAAAAUAAGUUUCAUACGAAAGAAAGUAUUUAUUGACAUUUUUAGUCGCUUGGUUAAUUUGAAUCGUGGAGUAAAUUGCCUUCCUGAUCGAUGGAUGAACUUAAAACUUCCAGAUUUAGAAAAUCUGGCAUCUGCAUUCUCAGUGAACGCAGAAUUUACUGACUGGCGCAGAUUCUUGGUAGCAGCAGCACAGCCUUGGCCAGUGCCAUCUGUGACACAACUCCUCAAAACACUGCAUAGCUUCAAGGCUGUUGAUGUAGCUGGAUCAGGCUUUGUUACAGAGGAAUACUACUUGAAGGUUGGCUUAUGGUUUAAUGGAGAUGAAGAUCUAAGCAUAACAAAAAGUUGCACACAAUCUGUGCCUUUAGAUAGGCUAAAACACCUCAUAAAGUUUUUCUUCAGUUUAUUUGCUGAUACCAGAAAAGAUCCUGCUCUGCUUGACUAUACUGAGAUGCUGCUUUAUUUUGCCUCCCACUCUGAUCCAGUUGAAGGUGUAUACAGAGCACUUAGCAUUGCUACUGGAACAUAUGUUCACAGAAGAAAGGAAGCCUCUCAUCCAUGUGCGGAUUCUCCAUACCCCAAAACAUUGUCAAAUGAGAAGACUUUAAAAGAAAAUGAAAAAGAAGUCUUGAAUUACACCGGUGAAGGAGUAAUUUCAGUGGCAACUCUAUUCAAAGUAUUUCAUACUGGAGGAAGAAAAGAUCAAGAUAAUCAUAGAUUUAGCGAUCUGGAGAAGGCAGGCAACUAUGAUGAGCAUUUCAUCAAAAUAUACAAAGAAUUAGAUAUUGAAGAUCUGACACCUAUUCCGGUUAAACUCCUUUUGAUUCACUCCUUCAUGAAAGACUUGAUCAACAGCUAUCAAGGAUAUAAACUUCAUGUGAGUAUUGCUUUUUGGGACCAAGAACUUUGUAAGCAUACAUAUUUAAAUUUGCAUUAUCCUAGAAAUGUAAAUGUAAUUCGUGUAGGUGCUGCCAAUUUGCAAUGUAGAUCAGCUGUACAACUGUAGGUUAGAUCAGUUGUUUUCUUGUCCGUGAAAGGCUGCGCUGCUUUCUGACCUAUUUUUUGUACACAUCUGGCUGGCCUGUAGCUGCCUACAGCCUUGUCACAUCCAGCAUUUUCUACAGCCUUGUCACAUCCAGCAUUGCCUUUCUCCUUACCCAUAGGAAGGAUACUGGUUGUGUUAUCUUCCCAACAGGAUCAUACUGCAGGACACUACAGGAUAUGUGAUAGGUCAUGUUCCAUCCCAGGCCAACUAGGCUGCGGAAAAGGGCAUUUGGAGGUAGUAGAGGACCAAGUGUUCUUCCCUGCCAUCCUCUAGAGCUUCCCUCUUACCUGCACCUAUGCUUAAACAUGCAUUAAAACAGUUGCACAUAAGGCAGGUUUGAGCCAGAGUAUAACCCUAUUUAAUGUGUCAAACUAUGGCAAAAAUACACGAUAUAUAGGGUCUAAGAAAAUAGUGUGAGACAAGAUGAAAGGAUGCUUGCAUUUGCAUGCCCAGAGUUCAAAUAUAAACAGUCUUUACGGGUUUGAGAUGAUCACCACCAAGGGCACAUAGCGUCCCACAAAAUCUGAAUAAGAUAAAUUAUACUUCAGGAUUAACUUGCACAUUUUUCUGAAUUAUAUUCAUCACUUGUAGUGCUUGGCAUUUAUUAUAUCACUCAUAAUUGUUUUCAGUAAAAGAUGAGAUAUAAGAAUAAAAGAAUACAUUUACUCAGUCAAAAUGAGGGUUAAAAAUUAUUUUGCUAUAAUAGGAAGAGAUAGAAAAGGAAAAUGUAAGACAAAGACAACACAACUGAAGAUUAUAACUUUCAGUGGGUAUCCUGCCUAUGUUGACAUCUCAGCCAGUUUGGGAAGACAGACACCAUGGAAUGUUAGGUCAUUCCUCCCUUUCCUUCCUUAUUCCUUCUUCCUGACCUUUUAAUUUAUUUAGUACUUUGUUUUCUAAUUUGAAUUCUUUUUCCAUCCUCACUGAAUUUCUUGUAGGCCAAAGCAUUUCUUGAACCAGUUGUCUGUAUGUGUUCCAUCUCAAGAGUUGUUCUUCACACUAACACCUCACUGACUUUGUUACAUUUAACAUAAUGCAACUUCUUCAUGUAGACCAAAUGUGAUGCAACCUAAAAUAAUACUUAACUAAGGUGUAAACUGAGAAAAGCCAUAUCUAUAUGCUUGACUAUUUACAGCAAUCGUGACUUUUUUUUUGAAAUCUCUUCACACUAACCAAGAGCUGCAAAUAAAAAGCACAGCAUCUAUUCUUUAUUAAAAUUUCCAGUCUUUCUUUACGACUUUUAGGAGGAACUGUUAUAUAGCUUAAAGAGUAGACUGUAGUACACAUUGAAAAUUUAUUAGCUACCAUUGAUCACCUAUGUUAUUUCUGGCUGGUAGGAUAUAUUCAGAGCACUUCAGUUAUAAAAAUUGUCACUCUGUGAGAAAAGCUGUAAGAUAGUGUAUAUGAAUCUUGGCAGUAGCUGAGGGUUUCAGUGUACCUAUUCUAGCCCAAAGGAGUUUUCACCUCUUGUUUAUAUGUUGGUAUCAUUGCACUUAAAUAAUACAUUUUUCCACUUUUUUGGCAGGUUUGUUUGAUGCCUGUAUCUCCUGACUCAGCAGUUAGGUGAUGCAGAGCUUCAGUUCUCAUUUGUAAUACUUUAAAAUGCUCUCUUGAAAAGGCUUAUGCUGACUAUCUCAAAUACAGUACUCUACGGUUUCUAUACUUAAAUCAGAAUAUUUUAUUCCUUGACUGUACUGUUAAAUACAGACUGCUGUUUUAUGCAUGAAAUCAACACUUCACAGUCUUACUUUCAAGUUCUGACUAACUGGUGAAGAGUUACGACCACAAGUUCUUAAAUCAGGUUUACAAAAAAAAGUCUUAUAUUCAUCAGCAAACAAGCAUAGAGACCCAGGGGCCAUUGUUAUAAGUACAUUACAAUUCUGGUCUAAAACAUAUGAACUCCAAGAAGAGUCUUCCUCUGCCAAUUCCAUAUUUGGGGAACAGGUAAACUUUUUUUCUUUCCAAGACAUUGCUGAAGUAAGUAAACAAUAUUUUUACCAACAAUUAUUUCUUCAGAAAUUCUCCUGAGAGAUGUCUAAAAAAACAAAAUUCAACCGCAGUGCUGUUAUUUUGAGAUCAUUUACAAGAUAAAUAUAGCAAGUUAGGGUGUGGUUUCUAAAGUUAAAGUGUUUCUACUAAUGCCAUCAGAAACAUCAGAAAAUAAAAUCUUUUGCUGAAAGCUAUAAGUGGGAUACCUAGCUUACAAUUUUUUUGAGUUAGGACACCUGAUUCCUUUGGAUCUUGAUGAUCUGUUCAAUUUUAACCAAUACUAUCUCUCAUAAAAAUAUUUUUUCAAGAUGAGAUAUAUUCUUGUCUUUUGAAGGGAUUUUGUUUUCUCAGUUCAGGUACCAGUGGGUUGUCAACAUCCUACAUGAUGAUGACCUUUCUGACCUUUCAGCCUUAGUAAAAAUGUCAAUAAAGAAUAAGCUUGGAAAUUCUGUGACUUUUUCAUCUGGUCUUUCCUGUCCUGAUUACAAAUCUUUCUGGUCCUGACUAGAGCUGUCAAGUGGUUUGCCAUUAGCAACACAUAUGUUUUCUGCUUAUCACAUGAAAUUUGUUACUUAAGAGUAGUUAGAUGACACCUAUAUAUGUAUGUUUAUGAAUACACUUCAUUACAUUCCAAAUUAAAUUUUCUUUAAAUACCUUUGAUAAUAAAGGAGACAAUAUUUUUAUAUAGACCAACUGAUUCAGGAGGAAGAAACAAGCGGUUCUGCCUUUUCCACCGCAUGGGUUUGUCCGUUUGGUUUGUUCAAUUAAAGGGUCUUCUUCAGGCCCUAUAUUAUUUAUUGUUACAGUUGUUCCAUCUGUUCUGAGACUGUCACAGAUACAGAACUAGAGAAACAAUCACACAUUUCAGUAACUCUGCAUUUUGAUUCCGAUAAAUUUAAAGGAAGAGCCUGGGAUAUAUUCUGCUUCAUAUCUGUUAAUUUGAGUGGACUACUUUCUUAUAAUUACUGAGGAUAACAAGGUAGCUUGAUAAUUAGAAUUCAGUUUAUUGAUAUAAAAAUAUUAUGCAUUGGAUAAAUUAUGUUACAUGUUUCAUCCUGCUUUCAAAUCCUGAAUAGUCCUUUUUAAAAAGCUCUGGCUUUGAAGAUAGGGAUAUCGCACUGUCUUUCUAUGCAUCCGUGUUUUGAAUACAUUUAACAUAGGCCCUUGCAUUAUGCUUAUUCCUUCUAAAUUAAUUAUCAUAUUAUUGUUUUUGUUGUUAAUUCUGUUAAUCAUUUCGAUAACAUAACUCAGAUAUUUAUUCAAAUAGGAAUUCCACUGAAAUAAGAUUUCUAUUAAUGUAUAGUUAACAUGUCUUUAUCAAAAAGUUUUAUUAGUGUGCUGAGGAAUUAUUACAAAACCUAUUUAUACUCACAGCAGCCAUUUGAUGUUACAAGACUCGACAAACAUUCAGAACUCCGCAUAUAACUUAACAAAGUAAUCUGUUCAUACAGAUUAUAUUCAGUACAUCUUAUGACCUGGACCAUAAAGUUCAUAGUCAAUGCUUUGACAGAAAAAAGCACUGCUGAAUCACUGUCUAGUCAUAGGCUGUAGUUGUAAUACUUGUGAAACUUGAGAAGCUUUUUUCAUGUGGUGUUUUAAAUGUCCCAGUGUGCAAGAAAAGGAAAAUUUAACACAGUGUUUAAAUACCUAGCUUAAAGAGGAGACCUGUGUUGUGCUUCUUUUUAUCAUGUAUUUCAUCCCUAAAAAAUCUUAGAAAAUGAAAUGUACAUGAACAAUAUCGUUUCUUACAUUCAAAAAAUAUAAAAAAAUUUAUUUUGGAACAGUAAGUUUGCUUCAUUAAACAUAAAGUAAAUCAGUUGAACUACUGUAUCUGCAGUGUUUUGACAGUAUUUAAGAUUACAUUUGCUAAUAUUUACUGUUGUGGAACUGGAAUUGAAUCUCCCUUUUCUGACUUAAUGUGCUGAAAAAGGCCUUCUUCUACUGAAGUAUUUCUUUGAGUCAAAGAUAAACAUUAGUGCUACCUUCUAAAUCAAAUGACUGGUAAAAUUUUCUUUUAACAUGUUUCUGCUGUAUUCACUGAAAUACUUCUGAUGUUUUGCAAGCUUGUGAAGCAUCAUUUCCGUACAGGCAGUUCUGUCUUUUGAAAAAAGGCUGUAUCUUCAAAAUAUGCACAAAAUAUAUAUUGAACUAUAUAUCUGAAUUUAAACUAAUUUAUUUUAUAAAAAUUCUGACUGUUAAUUAUUUUUCCAAAGGAAGAAGUAUGUUUACUGACAAUAUUGGAAAAUUCUAAUAAGUUAAAUUACUAUUUAUCUCUAUACUGAACAUUCAGCUUGGGGGUUUUUUAAACCAAAAAUUCCUUGUUCAUCCAACUAAGACAGUGAAUAAAGUUGCUAAAAUUGGAAAUAGAGCAGACUGUGCUAAUACAAAAUUAUUGAAAAUUAACAAAUUGAACAAUAAAGAACUGAACACAAAAUCAAACUAAUGAGGGUAUGUAUUCUUCCAAAUGUUAAUUACCAUUUCCUGGAAUUGUUUAAGUUCAGCCUGAAAUAUGACAUAGGUGAAAAAAAAAAGAAACUUUAUUGGAGAGUUUGUAUUUGUAUGUUCUGAAUAACAUUUACUGGUUUAAACAACAGUUUUAGUACCUCUCUUUAGGGACAUGUUUAAGCUGAUGUUUAAGAUCUCUGUUUACUUUAAGAAUUGCAUUUUAGCACAUUGCAGUUUUGUAAAGCCACCAAAGGCAAUGAGGUUCUGGGGAUAAUAUGAAAACAUCAUCUCAGUGAUAUUAAUACUUAAGCUGACUGACAGCAUUGGUUUUAGUGCUCUUCUGGAAGAAAACUUCUGUAACCUGGGGAACAUGUAACUUAUCUCCUCUGAAGUUAGUUUUUCAUCACAAUCUUCUAGUCACUAGUUAGAAAGCUCUCCCCGUGGAAAGAAAGCUCACCCCAGGGUGUUAUUAUUACAAGUUUUAAGGUGGAUCAGGCUGCAACAUGGAAUGAUCUUUUAACAUUUCUUUUUCCUUUUCAUAGGACGUUAAAAUCUUUCUCCAAAGACCUAAACAAGCACAUCCUACUGAUGGGGGGGAAAAAGCGUUAAAACAUCAUUAAAGCAUACAUUAAAAACAUCAAUGUAUGAAAAACUGUUGUUCAUGAACAUUAAGAAAUAUUUUUUUUAAGUUAGUAAGAAAUGUGUCUUACAUCUCCAGUCCUCUCUUCCAUGAGUGAGGUUUUUUUGUUUAUUGUUGUGAGAGCAAAAUCCCAUUGCAAUUACACAUUUUCUGUUACUUUAAAUUUAAAAAAACACCCAAAACCAACAGGAAAAGUUAUGGCUUGCUCAUGUCAAAUAGUCUAAUGAUAUUUCUAAAUAAUAUUAAACCAAUUUCUGAAUGUAAAUAGAGAUGAUAAUGUGUUCAUUAAGAGUUGGUUUAAGAAAAGAUGUCCAGUUCUUCUAAGUAAACUAAGAUAUCUGCUCACUUUUUGUUAUGUGUAUAGUUUAAUAUUUAGUUAAGUAAAUAUUAUAAUCAAUUCUUUAAAACAUGUUGCAAUUUGUAGCAAAUAAAAUAAGUAAAUGAAAACACUGCUUUUUUAAAGAUCAGCAUCAACCACCAAAAGGGCAUGAAAAUGGGGUGCCUGUUGGCAGCGGAGAUGAUGACUCUUUGCUAUUCAACCUUUCUAUUUCUAACCUUCCACUACAUCUCAGUUCUGCUACCACGUACUAAAAAUCUACAGGCUUUUCCUCCACUGCAGCACCAGGCAGAGCCCAGUGGUGUGGGUGGCACAGGAUCACCUCCGCUCACAGCAUGUGGCAUAGACAUGCAGCAGCAGGGCAAGCAGCACAACAUUUGUGGUUCCACCGCUAAUUUUGCACAUCACAUCAGUGGCUACAAGAAUAAGGGGAGUUCCACACCACUGUUUUCAGUAAUUGACCAAGAGUCCUUUUUUUAUUCACAUGGUAUAUUCAAGGACACCGUGUUCUCCAGACAAAUGUUGCAGAUUUUCAUGUGUGAUGCGUAUUUGUCUAAAACUCUCUAUGGCAUACCAUGACACCUAGAGGAUGUUGCCUUCUCUGGCAGAUUAAGCAGAGUCUUGGUCAAAUGCUCUCAUUUAUGGCUGAAGUGGUUGUUUCUUCUUCUAUAUCAAGUGUGACUGUUACUGUUUUUUUCUGGAAUUGUUCUGGAAUAGAUUUCAAAUAAAUUUUCCUGUUGUUAGGA